AUGUCUACUCCUAAUGCAAGUGAUAUGAUUACAAUGAGUAUAGCAGAUUUGUUGAUCUUUUGCCAACAAAUGACAUGUCAGAACACUUCAAAUAUCAACAAUGAUACAUCUGUGAAUGAUUUCAAAUCUCAGAUUCAUGAAUAUCAAAAGGAUGUUCAAAGAGCUAUAGAUAUUAAGACUGUAACUAUAUUCAAUGAUACUAAUUAUCAAAUCUGGCAAAUGAGAAUUCUUGCAGAUGCUGAAGUCAUCAGUGGAACUGACAUUCUAAUCAAGAAUCAACACAUCUGCUCAAAUGAUAUUAGUCAAAAUGUGUUGAACACUGAAAAAUGA